CUAUAUCAUCUUUCGCCACUGGUAUCAUCAUUGGUGUUGGGAUUUUAAAUGCUAAUGGCACCAUUUUGGUAUUUUUUUCAUCUACUCUUUCGUCGUUGCUUGGUGGUGUUUUGAUGUUUCUUUUGCUAGCUGUCUUUCAUGUCGCUAUUGUAGUAGUG